UGCUGGAGGGAGACAACUGCGUCUUCGAUGGGAUGAUUUAUCGCAACGGGGAGACCUUCCAGCCCAGCUGCAAGUACCAGUGCACCUGCCGAGACGGACAGAUCGGCUGUCUGCCCCGCUGUAACCUGGACCUGCUGCUCCCCGGCCCCGACUGUCCUUUCCCCAGGAAAAUAGAAGUUCCUGGAGAGUGCUGUGAGAAGUGGAUCUGUGACCCUAAAGAUGAACAAGUUGCAGUCCAAGGCUCCUUAAAAGCCUACAGACAAGAUGCCACACUCGGGAUCGAUGUGUUGGAUUCAAGUGCCAAUUGUAUUGAGCAGACAACAGAAUGGAGUGCUUGUUCCAAAAGCUGUGGAAUGGGCUUUUCCACCCGUGUUACCAACAGAAAUCAACAGUGUGAAAUGGUGAAGCAGACACGGCUUUGCAUGAUAAGACCUUGUGAAAAUGAAGAACCAUCUGAUAAGAAAGGGAAGAAAUGUAUCCGAACAAAGAAGUCCCUGAAAACUGUUCGCUUUGAGUACAAGAACUGCACUAGUGUGCAGACAUACAAACCUCGUUACUGUGGCCUCUGCAAUGAUGGGCGAUGCUGCACCCCACACAACACCAAAACAAUUCAAGUUGAGUUCCGCUGUCCGCAGGGCAAAUUCCUAAAAAAACCAAUGAUGUUGAUCAACACCUGUGUCUGUCAUAAUAACUGUCCUCAGAGUAACAAUGCUUUCUUCCAGCUGUUAGAUCCAACAUCUAGUGAAGCAAAAAUAUGAAAAGCAUAAACUAGGUAGCGCAAAAGGUAUAGUUUAUACAGAACUUGACCCACAAUCAGGUGAAUGUAACAAUUGCAUAUGUAAAAUAUCUAAGAUGUUUUCAAAACUGUCUAGGUGCUUUGUUUUUUCCUAUAGUUUAUUAAAUACCUCAUUUUACAUUUCCCCCCUUGAAAUGUCUUUUAUUCACUUGAAGGAAAUUUUUUACUUUAGAUAGAGUCUUCUUUUUUUCUUGACGGUGGCAUAAAGAUUACAAAACAAACAGCUAGUCUUUCUCCUUGAGUUAAGGGGAUCAUGCCAUGAGCUUCAGUAGCUUUUAAGACUGGGCUCUUUAAGAGUAAAUGGAUUCCUUGGGGAAUGCAUAAUACCAUAUCACAUAAGCUUCCAGGUUCUUAACUUCACUUUGCAAAAUGCAUAUAGACACUUAAGCAGUGUUCUUUUUCCAUUC